AUGGCAGAUACCGCCGCCGAAACGUCGGAUUCGUCGUCGUCCGAGACACCCGAAACGUCGAUGGUCGAGGACAACAACAGCAUGUCCUCCGACGGCGCUGAAACAUCAUCAAACGGCUCGUCGUCACCCGCCGCAACACCAGAGAAGCAGAAUACUAUAGCAGCGGCCAAGCCGGUGAAAUCGGCGGCGGCGGCCACGCAUCCGGUCACCGCCGUAAUGGUCAUGGCCGCCGUGACGGAGCUGAAAGACCGGAAAGGCUGUUCGUUGAUAGCCAUAAAAAAAUACGUGACGGCCAACUACGGCGUUGAUUCCGUUAAAAUAGCUCCGUACAUAAGAAAAUUCUUAGUAACGGCCACGGAAGACGGCAGAUUGGUUCGGACCAAAGGAUCUGGCGCCAACGGUUCAUUCAAGUUGCCCGCUGAAGCCAAAAAGAAAAAGGCGGCCAAGAAAAAACCGGCCGUUAAAAAAGCGACGACCGCUAAGGAGGCGGCGUCGGCGGCGGGACCUGUCGACGAAAAACCGAAAAAGAAGCCAAAAUCUGAUGAUCCGGCGGCCAAGAAAACAGCCAAAAAAUCAGCAGUGGAUCAUCCUAAACCGCCAAAAGCUAAAAAGUCGCCGUCGAAAAAACUAACUGUUGCAAAAGCAGCGAAGCCUAAAAAGUCGCCGGUGGUCAAGAAAGCUCAAGUUUCCAAGAAAAACUGA